UUUUGCAUAGCUGUGUGUCACGUGACCUCGACUCUGUCCAUAACAGACUGGAACCCUUCAUCACCGUCUUCACUGGACAAGACCUGCUACCGAGAUACGACAGCACGAUGGAGAACUACAAACAGUUUCUGGUCACCUUGUCGUCCGCCGGCGUUGUGGGUGUGAUCGCUAUCAUUUUCGUGUUAAGAUGGGUCCUUUACUAUCAACGGGGUCUGGCGUGGGACGGAGGACUGGCAGAAUUUAACUGGCAUCCGGUGUUGAACGUGUGCGGGUUUAUCAUCCUGCAGGGUCUGGCCAUCAUCGUGUACCGACUCCCAUGGAGCUGGAAGUACAGCAAACUUACCAUGAAAUUUAUCCACGCAAGCUUGAACUUGGUGGCCUUCAUUUUUGCUGUUGUUGCUACCGUGGCGGUUUUUGACUAUCACAACGCUGCCAAAAUCCCCAACAUGUACAGUCUGCACAGCUGGGUGGGCCUGGCAGCUGUAAUACUCUAUUGUCUCCAGCUGGUUCUCGGGGUCAGCCUGUAUUUGUUGCCAUUUGCGCCCAUGUCCUGGAGAGCAGCCCUUAUGCCCGUUCAUGUCUACAGUGGCCUGUUCAUCUUCACCUCUGUUAUAGCAGUGGCACUCAUGGGUAUCACUGAGAAACUUAUAUUUGCCCUAACCAACCCAAAAUAUAAGGAUUCGCCCCCCGAGGCAAUAUUUGUUAACGUUCUGGGACUCCUUCUCGUGCUUUAUGGAGGACUAAUCCUUUGGAUUGCCACUCGACAGUCUUGGAAACGGCCGAGUGACCAGACCUUGCAUACCCUGCAUUCCAACGGGGGCGGUGAGGAUGACACAAAAGUGGGUCCGGCCCUGUCUCAACUCUCAGAUGGAGCAGAGGGUGACAGCUUUGGGGAGGUCCGCAGGAGGAAUAAUAAAUUUGAUGAUCAGGUCAACUGAAUUUCAAAAUAAACUGGAAUUUAGAAUGAAUGUACACUCCUUUUUUACUGCUCACUUAUGCUGGAUUUUCUUUCUCAUUUGAUAUCUAUUUUUCAUAUUUGUCCUAUCUAUAGUAGAUGUUGCAAUACGAUCUGAUUGUAUGUAAACAGGAUUCACAUGUACCGAUAAUCAACCAACUCCUCUAAGUCUCCUGCAUUUUUCUGUGCUGAAAUUAUUCAGAUACUAUGAUACACAUUUACAAUAAAUAUGUGCGGAUUCUGA